UAGAACAAUAGACCAUUGAAAACUUACAACGAUAGAACAAUGGAAUUUCUAAAAACAGAAGUUUUACAUUUUUAUGUGCACACGUUUCGUUCGUAUCAGAUAUCUGCUAACAAGCGAAGAAAAAGCAACUUUGGCGUUCAGAAAUAUAUUUUUUCACGUUUAUUUAAUAAUAAAAAAAUCCACAUUAACGACAACACGAACAAUGGCAUCGAAUAAUUACAUAAAUAUAUACCCUACUACAACACCCAGCAACACGAGUCCAAACACACCGGAAGACAUAUUCCUUACACAAGACGUGUUCCGAAAUCAAGAAGUUCUCGUGACCGUAGAUAAAUUAGAAUUAGAAAUACUAAGGCACAGUACCACCCUGGAACCCGAAGACAAAAAAGAAGGAGACACAACACAAAAAGACGAAGAACUAAGUGACAGCCAAAUGCUAGAAACGACUCUUACGGCCUGAUGGUUCCAUAUCAGUGGUGGAACUUUAAUAGCUUCCACUGCGAAACAAUAGCAGGUCCCAGUCAAAUCCCG